UACCUAGACGAGAUCAUUCGGAAGAGGUUACUGAUCGAUGGUGAAGGCGCCGGUGAUGAUCGUAGAAUCACUGCUCUUUUAAAGACGUUUUUAAAAUGGUGUAAUUCAACCGGAACAGAAGAAGGCGAUAGGUUGGAGCUAUUUCUCCUCUUUUUUUUAGUCUUUUAAUCUUGAUUGAUCCUUUGGUACGUCUGGCCUCAUUUGAGAGAGUUUUUGAGUGGUUCCGCUCACGUUUUAGGUCGUUUCACCGACGUGUUUUUACUCGACUACUUGAUUUUUACUUGUUAAAGCUUACAUUGAUAAAACAACGUGGUGUUUGCAGGCUGAGUGAAAUAGCUGAAAUACUAUCUGUAGUAAACGCAAACGUUUUCAGGUUGUUUUUUCGUUGAUGUUACAGUUCUUUAACCCGUGUCAUUAGCAUUAGUAGAAGAGUAUUUACCCAAAAUAGUUAUCACGUUUAUGGUAGGUUAGGUGACAAUAGGUGAAUUGACUGGCGAAAUACAAGACUAUGUAGGUAACUAUUUUAACUUCAGCAGGACUAACUCAGUUGCCAGAGAACUUGACUGUACCGUUGGAGGUCAUGGGUUUGAUCCUUAGGGCUGGACCAAGUGGCCCGAGCCUUAUCUGGCUGUCUCAUCUCUAGUAAUAAUGUGAAUUGUUUUUAGCGUCCUCAAUUGGUUCAUGUACUUUUUUGCUAAAUACAUUGACACUGAAAUAAAGUGCGUUUUUCAUAGUCUUGCAUAGGUAUAUAGUAGGGGCUUAUUGCAGCUCGUGGUACCCAAAUAUCUGAUAAACUUUGAAAUCCUUUUGUUAAAUUUCAUUUUACAGUGAUGCUACUUAUCAGAAGAUGCUUAUACAGCUUGCUCAAUGUGAAUUCGCAAUUGGCAAGACUCAGACUGUGUUUGAGAUGAAUGAGCUUGAAACCGAGAACUAUGAGAAAACAUACAAAGAGAUUGGUAAGUGCAAGCCAUAGGAUGAAUAAAAAACUAAUCGUAGAAAAGUUAAAAGGGCUGUGUCGUGGCUGUCUGGCUAGUUCAUUUGGUUAAUAUUAUAAGUAAUGCAUCUUUGUUUGCCAAGCUACUUAAAGUUAAAGUUAAAGGAAUUUAAUUUCACAGUGUGGGCACUCAAACUGGGACACUUGGAAGAAGAUUGCCCAAUCACUAAGUCUUUUUUUCUCAAAACAGAAGAUUCUCAAGUUUUUUUUUACAAAUGAAUAAACAUCAUUCAUAAAUUUGAGGGCUGUUUCCUGAGCAGUCAGGUAAGUUCAAACAGUUUUAAAGUCUUCAACAGUUGCAUUGUUGAACCAUAAAUUUUAUUGGUCUGUUUUCAAAAAUGCUUGAGAAUCUUUUGUUUUUAGAGAAAACGUUGUGAUUGGACAAUCUUCCUAUCCUGGUGUCCUGGUUUGAGUGUCCGCACUGUGAAUGACAAAAUAGCAGCUUCUUAUCAAACAAAUAUCUCUCCCAAAGUGUUAUAUCAAAUGUUACAUUAGCAAAAAUGAACUUUGAAAAACUUUUAGGCUAACAAGCUUUCAAAAAUUUAAAUUUCAAUCCAUUUUGAUCUCUUCAUGUUUGUCCACCCAGGCCUUCUUUUGCAGUUGCCGUGUUAUUUAUACCUUUCGCAAUUUGAUGGCAGUUCUUACUGCUUGGAUUUUGUAACAUUUUUGACACAGCUCGAUUGAAGUUUCUAAAGGAGUUCUCAAACUUAUUAAUUAUUCAUGCAGUCAGAAGCGAAAAAUUACAGCCAUUUGGGUCAGUUGGAUGAAUCUUGAUGAAACACCAGAUAAAACACCUCCAGUUUUUCAUCCAAGAUGACAUGCUUUUCAACUGAGAUCAGACACGUUCAUUUUAAUGAGAAGUUUUACUGGUUCUGUAACACAACUCAUGGAAACAAUGCAAUACCCGGGAAAACAUGUCACUCCAUAAUUUCUUACUGUUUCAUUUGAGAAGACGUAUGUCAAAAACUUGGGCUUUGUGCUUCAUCAUGGGUUCCAAACUCGACCUACAGUUCAUGUUUUCAUCCAUAUUGUUUCUUGGUGUUUGGAACCCUUGGUGAAGCAUUUUCUUGGCGUUUGUGAAGUGGCAUCCUUUUUCUCUAUCAAACAAUUUCUUUUGUAUUCUGGGGUAGAUGAUUUUUCAGUCACUUUAGAUCCACAGGAACUUUUGUUGUUGUCUGUCUUUAUUUUGAAGGUACAUGUAUUUAUAAAGUGAUGUUGAUAUUUCAGAACAGAGUAUUUCACAUGCCUAUCAGGAAAUUGCAGCAUGUAAGACUGAACUGCAACAAGCAAAAAGAAUACGGAGAAAUAGACAAGGUCUGUUUAUUUUUAUUUAUCAACUACCCACAGUAAAUAUUGUUACCUUCUGAUACAUUUUUAGAGUGCUUAUUGAAAAUCCUAUCACCUCUGUAAUUAUUUAUUCUAUGGCAAUGAAAUGAAUUUAUGCUCUUUUGUUGGCCCUAUUUGAUUUCUUCAGAAUAUGAUGCCCUUGCCAAAGUUAUAAGCAAGCAACCAGAGAGACAGGAAACACUCAAGUAAGCGAUGAAUCUCUUUUAUUGAGUAUUUCAUGCAUUCUGACCAAUUAAAAUACAAAUGGAGAUUGGAAAUUGGAAACAUCAUUUUGAUCCAAAGUUUCCUCUUUGUUGUUGUUGUGUUGUUUUGUAUAGCUGAUGUAGUGCAAACAUAUUGAGCAGUGUGCAACGAAAGUAAUGUUCAUUAGCCCAGGACUAGUGGAUUUUACUAUCAGGCUAGUGAAUUCUGUUCUUAACUAAACUUACUUGAUGGACAAGUGAGGCUUUUUGGCAAAUUCAAAUAAUAAUUAUUAGUAAUAAUAUUAUUUCAGAAGAACUAUAAAAAAUCUUGCUUAUAAAUAAUAAUUUUUGGGUUAGUUGAAAUGACUUUUGGGCCAGUGCAUGCAUCUGGACUAGUAACCAGGAAGAAGUUCAUAGGUUCAACUCCUGCUGGGAGAACUCAGACUUUUUUCUUCCGAGCCGCCUGUGUCACUGAUUGAAAAAUCAUAUUUCUCAUGUAUUCACUAGGAUCAAAAUUUACCAUCCCAUCUCUACCAUUGUGCAUAAUCACACAAUUAUUGACAUUUCUAGUCCUAACAGUCUGCUGGAUGUUUGUCACAUGAACCUAUUGUAGUUUAAUGGCCUUAAUUCCCAUGAGUCUCCUUUAGCUCAGCAGUAGAGCAACUGGACUAGUAACCAGAAGGUCAUAAGUUUAACUGCUAUUACAAGUACCUGGAUUUUUUCUUCCAAGCUGCCAGUGUCGGUGACUGAACAAUGUUCUUUCUCUGAUGUUCGAAUGGCAAGCUGUAAAUGCACCCUGAGUGAGCGGUCUAGGCUGGAAUUUCCCUGACUCACCCACACUUGAAACAUGAACUACUCUCUUCUUCCUUAAGAGCUUUGGUUCCAUUUAGGGUAGCAAAUGUUUGAUCAACUUAGCUGAUAGAAUAACAUUUUGUUUCUUGCUCCUCUGCCAAUGCAGUGCUUGGUACAGUUUCUUUAGCAACUAACUUCUUUAUUUGAGGAUGUGAUGAGCCAGUACAUGUAUCCCAUUCUUAAGUUUGAACAGGGGGAGGGGUGGGUGGCUAGCAAGACAGCAACCCUGUCCCCAGGGUCUUCUCGUUUUCCAAUAUGGUGAAUGAGGUUGGCAAUAUAAUGAACUGUUGUUAAGUCAUACAUGUACUUUCACAGCUUGUCUACUAAAAUUCUCCCCGACCCAGCCUUUGUUUAUGUAUACCAUGUUUGAAAUGGUUGCAAGUGUUUUAUAAAUAUUAAUUAUGGUAGUAUCAAAUUUAAAAAUGAACACACCAGUUACUAACUAACUAACUAACUAUCUAACUUACUAACAAGAUGGAAUGAUUUGUAUCAAGUAGAAAUGUUUCUGCCCCACAGACAAAUAGAGGGACUUGACAAGGAGCUUAAUUCUCUAACUGAAACAAAGGAGAGUCUCUUAUCCAAGGUAAAUUAAUUGAUUUCAUCAUUUUCCGUUUCUUUUGCAUACGUAAUUGACUUUAUGAAAGAGACGCAAUAGAAAAGGACUGAAGAAAAACAUUUGAACCACACAUGGCAGUUCACCUUAGAAAGGUCUUCAAGAAAAUUACAGUAAAAGCCUGCGACUAAGAACCUGCAUUUUCCCGAGUUCACCUGAAUAGGUUCUGACAUAAAUGGUAAUUAGCGCAAAUUUAGGCUCUUUUGGUACUUGAAUAGGUUCUUAUAUUCUGAAGGAAAAAAUACAUUGUAGCUUAGAGUAUUUUAGGGUGUUCAGAUUCCUUAAGUAAAAUCUGCACAUCAUUACAGUGCAGUUGGAGUGAUAAGGCACUUAUGUCUCCAAAGAGGAUCCUGAACGUUGACUUAUCGUAUUUUCUCAACUGUACAGAAUUUUUUAAAAAAACUUGUAGAAAAUAAGAACCUGUUUCAAAUUUUAAGCUGAAUAGGUUCUUGUAUAGAGGGGACCUAACUGGCAAAUUUCAGCCUAACAGGUUCUUAAAAACCAGGCUCGUAGUCGCGGGUUUUUGCUGUAUUCCUUAGAUACGGUUGCCUUUACGAGCUGCUGAUGUCUGGUUAGAAAGUCAGUCCGUUAUAAUUAUUGUAUGUUCAUGUACGCGUUUUUAUUUUUUUUCCUUUUAGCUGGAACUUCGGCAGAAACAGUUUCAUCUUCUUAUCAACACGAUUCAUGAAUUACAACGAAUGUUGGAAGGUAAG